AUGGAUUAUCGCCUGUGUGCAAGGUUUGAUAAAUUGAGAAGCUAUUUACCCGAUGAAUUAAACAUAUCUACAAGUAAUGAUAUUCAUAGUUUAGGGAAUGCUAAGAAUUAUUGCCCUAAUAGAGAUUCAGGGGAAACAGAAUGUAAGACUGAUCUCGAUAAGAUAAAUGCUGGAUGUUUAUGGCUAUUCGAGCAAAAUAUUGUUAAUAGGAUUAGUACUUUAAGUAAAGAUCACUCUAAAGUGUUUAUUGUAUACGUCAUGAUAUGGUUAGAUCAUAUGUUAAACCUAAAGAAAAAUGAAAAAAUAAAAAACCUAAAUGAUUUUUAUGAAGGACAUAUAAAGAAUAAUACGCAUUAUACUAAGUGUAAUAAAAAAAAUAAUAAUAAUUAUGAAGAUUGUAGUAAUAAAUUAAAUGAUAAAACGGGAUAUAAUAAUUUUAAGGAGUUCAUAGAAAAAAACGAGUAUUUGAUGAAUAUUGGUAUUAAUGAUAUGUCUAAAUUUUAUGAUGCAUUUAAGCCAUUAUGUAACAUGUAUACUGAACUUAAUGCAAACGACGCAUCAGAUAAGAGAUAUUUAAAAAAUGCUAAAGAAUUUGUUAAAAAAUAUGAUGAACUUAACAAUCCUAAUAAUACUAAAGAUAGCGCCUAUUAUCAAGUGUUGUCUACAUUAUCAAGUGAUUAUAAUAAUUUUAAAAAAUAUUGUGAUGAUAAUAACGUUGAUUGUAACGAUAUACCACUCCUUCCAGAGAUAAAAACAACAAACAAUCCUGUACAAGAUUCUGGACAAAAAAUUGAAGCUACAUCAUCAAGUUCGUCGAUAACAAACAAAUUAAUUCCAGUUUUAUCGAUAAUUGUUGCAAUACCAAUAUUCUUGGGAAUUUUUUAUAAGUAUUCGUUAUUUGGAUUUCGGAAACGAACCCAAAAACAACAUUUAAGAAAAAAACUAAAAAAAUAA